AUGCAAUUCCUACUCAGCCUCGUUCUGGCUCUGGGCACGGUCAGCGCAGCGCCCUUCGAGCUCAUCUCUAAGCGCGCACUUGGAGACCACGAAAUGAUCCUUCAUGACAAGAGAGACGAAAACGCUUGCCCGGCUCACCUCAAACCAGGCCAAUUCGAAUUCCCGCACUACAUUACACAGGUGUCUUCGAAUCAACCGGACCGCGCCUUUGGACCGCAGUAUAGGGGUCGCGUUACGCCGAACGACAUCUCGUCUAUUUUCAGCUUCGAUGUUCCCCAAGACCGUGCCGAUGCUAACUGUACCCUCGAGUUCCUCUUCCCUACCCAGGACGUGUUGAAGACUUCUUACUACAAGUUCGAUGGGCCUGGGACAUUCCGCUUCACAGGGUACUUGGCCGGCAGCUGUCCUGACUCACAUACGACGUAUAACAACCAGCCGCAACCUGGCAAUCUCCCCGCGUUUCCGCCUAUUCACAUGGAACCGGGCUUCGCUUACACCAUCGAUGUCGGCCCUUGUACCUUUUCGGCUGGGAAAUGCGUAUCUGGGAUGCUUUCAUCAACUGACACCAGCUUUGAGUUCUUCCAGGAUCAGGGCAACUGCCCGAUCGGAAUUUACAACACUUAUAGCUAUGGGCUACCUUGCCCUGAGGAAUACUGCGGGUAA